CCACCAGCAAUAAGCCAGGGGGAAAAAAAUACAUAUGAAAAGCAUAGAAAUACCAUGUACUAUUGAUAAAAAGGAGAGAACAAAUAGAAAAGUAAUAGAAUUAUUGACCAUUAAUCAGAAUAGCUAGAUGCUACUUACUAUGGACGGGGAGAAGAAGAGGAAGAGAACAGAGAACGACGAGGUUAACGGCGGAGAUCGGAGCAAGCAUGAGAUAGAAAACGCUGUGAAGGAGAAGGAGGAGACGGUGGUGUUGCCGCCGCCAUCAGAGGCGGAGGUUGACGAGUUCUUCGCGAUCUUGCGGAGGAUGCACGUGGCAGUGAAAUAUCUCCAGAAGAAUUCUCAAAUUCUGCCAAUAGUUAACGAUCACGGCAGCAAAUUAACCGCAUCGCCGGCCGGUGUGAACAGUAUUGUUGUAGCUGGCCAGAGAAGAACACAAGGAAUCGUGCGAAAAGGUGGUUUGGACCUCAAUGCUUUACCAGAAGGCGGAGACUAACGCCGUUUAAGCUUGAAGUUACAGGAUUGAACACGUAACAUGUGCAUUUUAGCCGACGUUAAAAGUCGCGGUUUCUGCUGUACAGGUUAAGCUUUUACAGUCGAACUAUAUUAUUCCCUUUUCUAGUCGAUUCGAAGAACUACACCUACUUCUCAGUUUUGGUCCUUUUUUUUUUUGGGUACUAAAUAAGUUUUUGCACUUGGUAACAUAUAUUUCUCUGGUAAUUCUAAAUAACUGGACUAUUGUAUAAACUA